AUGGCUACCGACAAUAAAAUGCGCGCGGUGGUGUUCCGCGGCCCCUACAAAGUCGCGGUCGAGGAACGGCCAAUUCCUCAAAUCCAGGAUGCGCAGGAUAUCAUUGUGAAAGUGACGUAUACUGCUCUUUGCGGAAGUGACCUUCAUACUUACCGCGGUAUCGAGCCUGCGGGCACGGGCUUCAUAAUGGGCCAUGAAGUCACUGGUCAUGUUAUUGAGGUCGGUGAUAAGGUCAAGACUAUUCAGAAGGGAGAUCUGAUUGUGAGUGCCUUUACGACGUCGUGCGGUGAAUGCUUCUACUGCACGCAAGGCUUUUCUUCGCGGUGCGAAAAGAAUGUUCUGUUUGGAUGCGACAAUCUGGACGGCGCCCAGGCGCAGUAUAUCCGCAUCCCCAAUGCGGAUGGGACAGCGAUGAAAGCCCCCGCCGGCGUGGAUGAGAAAUACCUCGUCCUGAUGGCCGACAUCUUCCCCACCGGCUACUUUGCUGCCAGCAGCGCCUUUAAGGGCUACACGCCCGAGCAGAUCGCUGAGCAGACGGUGGUCCUGAUUGGCUGUGGGCCCGUCGGACUGUGUGCCUUGAUCAAUGCACUGGAGUUCAAGCCCAAGCAUCUCCUUGCCGUCGACUCGAUCCCCUCCAGACUCGAGCUGGCCAAGUCGCUGGGGGCGGAACCGUGGAACUUCCAGACGGAUCGGGCGGGGUUGGACAAGCGCGUGCAGGAGCUGACGCAUGGACGCGGCGCCGACGCGGUGAUUGAAGUCGUGGGGCUGAGUCCGGCGUUGCGGACGGGCUUUGACUUGCUGCGACCGUGGGGGACGAUUAGUAGCGUUGGGGUGCAUAAUGGAGAGAUUCCGUGGGAUGGCUGUGAGGCGUAUGGCAAGAAUUUGAGAAUCCAGAUGGGCCGAUGCCCUGUGAGAUCUGUUUUCCCACAGUCUUUGGAGGUUCUCAAGAAGAACCAGCAUAAGCUAGGAUUCAUGGCGGAGAAGAUCAUGCCUCUGUCCCAGGCGGUGGAGGCGUAUGACCUGUUUAAUGCGAUGAAGGUGCAGAAGGUCAUCUUCGAGGCGGAUAAAUAG